AUGUCGGACAGUGAGGACAGCGAUUUCUCUGACAAUCAGAGUGAACAAAGCAGCGAAGCCGAGGAGGUGGACAAAAAUGAGGCAGAGGUAAGCUAGCUAGCUAACAAGGCUCUGGCUAACACUGCAUGCCAGCUAACAACAUUAAGCCAGCUAAUCUAACUAGAUAGCUAGGUAGAUAGCUGUUAACAGCUUGGUCACAUGGCAGCGUUGUCAUUCGUGUAAGAUAGGGUUCCCGGCACUGUUAUUAGCUAGUAGUAACUAGCUAUCUGUAACAACACAGCGCUAACGUCAGGUUAUGCAAAGUAGCUGGCUGUUCAUGGAUGGAACUUGCCCAGUGUGAAUGGGUGGGUGGUGGAACAGAUGCACCUGUGCAUGCAUGGCCCUCAAUUUGCCACUGUAUCAGAAUGUAUGCUAACAAACCUAGAUUGGCUCCAAAUUCACAUUGCAAGUUUCACUGCAUUCACAUAACUUGUGAGUGGUUUGAAUGUUUCCCCCUAUAUAGGAAGAUGGGCAGGCAAGUUUAUCUGGCAGUGAUAAGGCAGCAGAAGAGGAAGGGGAAGACUUGGCAGAUGAGGAGGAGUAUGACGAAGAGGAGGAAGAGGACGAUGAUGACCGUCCCAGAAAGAAACCCAGGCAUGGAGGUUUCAUCUUGGAUGAAGCCGGUAAGACAAAUCUUCACUCUAAUAAUACCAUUGUGGUGUAGAAUAGUUGUCCACAUGUUCUUGCUCACCAAAACGUUUUGGUUUAAUGUAUCUGAAAGAAACUCAAAUUUUUCCUCUGGUUUUGUUUAGAUGUGGACGAUGAGUAUGAAGAUGAAGACCCGUGGGAGGAAGGCGCUGAGGAUAUUUUGGAGAAAGGUAAGGUCACACUUGCGGCCGUGUUUAAGGAUAUCUAAUACCUGAGAGGGAAUUCUAUAUGAACAACGUUGGGGCAGUUGUCUGUUGAUGAGGACUCAGGUCAUGAACUUUGUUGCAUUUAAAUGAUUAGAAAAUAACUUUCCUAUGGGUGGUGUGCAGAUGCUUAGGUAUGAUGGAUUUGUCUGUAGUAUUGUUUGGAUUCAGGAAGGGACGGGAAUCAUUACAAAUACAAUAAUAAAAUCUAAGCCCAAAUUAUUAUAUGUGAGAUUAUUGACCUUGUUCUUCCUGUGCUAAUAAUUCCUUUUCUUGUGCAUGCCUCCUUCAGUUAACGGUAAAUCAAUUCCAGAUUUUCUGCUGUCUGUUUUCCUUGUAUCUAAUUCAAUGGAUUAGUUAUCUCUCAUUCAACAAGUCACAUUCUGUUAUAACUCCACCCACAUUUCCGCACAUCUAAUCUAAAGGAGCACAGACGGCAAAUACAUUAUUGGGAUCUCCUAUAAUAACUGAGGCUACCUGUAUGAAGUAGUAAAUUAUUAUAUUUUAUUUGACAGCUUUGACCUACUUACUUUUUUAUUUAACCAUUAUUUAACUAGGCAAGUCAGUUAAGAACAAAUUCUUAUUUACAGUGAUGGCCUACUAGUCAGGAAAAUAUUGUAGAAAUGUUGUUGGAUGGUAUGUUAACCUGACACCAGCAGAGUUAUGACUUGUCAAUAAUCUGACCAUGGUGUUUUAGGCAUGUAAUCAAAGCGUGAACCAAAUGUGACCAUUUGCCUGAAAUGCUACCUGUUACAAGAAAGUGAAUGUGUGAAUUAGCUAACUGAUAUUGUUUAAGCUUUUCGUGGCACAUCAAUCAGCCAUAUCACAAAGACUCAUAAGCAUCCACAUUACAAUUAUCCACAUUACAAUCAUUCAUGGUCUCGUGCCAUACGGUCUAGUCUUUUACCAUAAUUAAUGUUUUUUUUUUGUUUUUUUUUCACUUGUUCCUAUCUGUGCCCAUGUCACUCUUUGCUGUGUGCACAUGACAAUCUCAUUUGGCUGUUAAUGUGUGUUCCUCUACCUAAACCUGCCUGGCCCGGAGCAGAGGAAGCUGAGGGUAAGUGUUAUCUUACUUCUUCCAAUAUGAAAAAGACCCACCUAUCACUUGGGGCUAGACAUAGGUAUACACAGAUAGGUUCUUAAAGGACCACUUGUUUGAGCUGAAGGAAACUUUUACAUUCAAUCUUAUACAUUAAAUAGUUUUUUGUGUGAUUGUAAUGUCUUUACUGAGUCUGCUUUAUUCUUCAGUGUCCAAUAUUGACCAUGUGGUCCUGGAUGAGGAUAACUCUGGCUCCCGCAGGCUGCAGAACCUCUGGAGGUAAUGUGUUCUUAUGGGCUAUGAGUGGCUAGGCUUCUUUCCAUUGAUAUUUCAGUUGUUACUAUGCAAAGCUUUGUUCUGGAAGUCUGACAUUUGAAUGUUUGGAUAUUUCAGAGAUUCCAGAGAGGAGGCCUUGGGUGAAUAUUACAUGAGGAAAUAUGCCAAGCAAUCAGGAAAUGAGUGAGUAUUUUCACAGUAAUCUGUCAAAAUAGUUGGCCCAAAUUUCAAUUUCAACAUUUUAUUUGACCAAAUAAUAUCGGUUUUGAUUCCCUCUAGUUUUCCUGGGGGUUCUGAGGAACUGUCUGAUGACAUCACCCAGCAGCAGCUGCUCCCUGGCGUCAAGUAUGUGUCACCUUAACCAAAAUGGGGAAUGGAUUUUUUAGUGGACUACAACGAUCCAAUAUAUUAAUUUUCUCAAUGGUCUUGGUAUUAUAUUUUCUUUUUCAAAGGGAUCCUAAUCUUUGGACGGUCAAGUGUAAGGUAUGAAGCUUAUAUUUGUGUAAACAUCCUAAAGUUCAGCACACAAUUAAAAAAGUAAUUUUGUCAUGCAUUAUUUUGUCAUUACAGAUUGGAGAAGAGAGAGCAACUGCCAUCGCCUUGAUGAGGAAAUUCAUUGCCUAUCAAUUCACAGACACGGUAUGUCCCCGCCCUCAUUCUCUGCAUGGAAAUGUUCCAUGUAUUAAGACACUAAUGUUUGCACUUAGUGUGUUAUAUGAUUGAUCUCUUUAUAGCCUGUACAUCUCUUGUAGAUACAAAAUAAAUAAAUGGGAGCUUUGACAACCUGUGAAACCGUUUACAUUUCCUAUACACCAUUUCUACACAGCCUCUCCAAAUCAAGUCGGUAGUGGCUCCUGAACAUGUCAAAGGUUACAUCUAUGUGGAGUCGUACAAGCAGACGCACGUCAAGGCUGCAAUUGACGGUAUAGGCAACCUGAGGAUGGGCUUCUGGAACCAGCAGAUGGUUCCCAUCAAGGAGAUGACAGAUGUCCUCAAGGUGGUCAAAGAGGUGACCAACCUCAAGCCCAAGUCCUGGGUCCGACUCAAGAGAGGCCUAUACAAAGAUGACAUCGCCCAGGUAUGCUUGAAACACAUUGUGGAAGUCAGCACUUGUGAAGACUGAUGAAAAUUGAUUUUGAAGACAAAGGUAAAUAUCCUUACCAUAUUCUUGAAACAUACAUGUAUUCUCCUCCUUUAGGUGGACUAUGUGGAGCCCAGUCAGAACACGAUAUCACUGAAGAUGAUUCCCAGGAUAGAUUUAGACAGAAUCAAGGCCCGGAUGAGCAUGGUAAGCAACAGCACCACUCUGUUACCACCUGUUUACUCACCACCCUCCACUUUGACAUCCCCUGACAUUCUUCUUGUUGUCUGUCUCUCAGAAAGACUGGUUUGCAAAGCGGAAGAAGUUCAAGAGACCAGCCCAGAGACUCUUCGAUGCAGAAAAGAUCAGGUACAAAGAAACAUGUCCUAAAGACUAUCAUUAUUGGGGAUUUGAUUACACUAUCCUAAAUGGGUAAGAUCACCGCCUCGGUUACUUCAUGGCGGUGUUUUCUUCCAGGUCACUUGGCGGGGAUGUCAGCCAUGACGGGGACUUCAUGAUAUUUGAAGCUAACCGCUACAGCCGCAAAGGGUUCCUCUUCAAGAGCUUUGCCAUGUCUGCUGUGGUAAGACGACCAUGUUGCCUCAAUACCACUGUUUUAUUAACCAUUUGACAGCCCUAUAGGGAAAAAACGGAGCAGAAAAGUGGUCUUAGUUAUCUGUACCAAUGGCUUCUUCUUUUUAUCGUCUUCUACAGAUCACUGAAGGAGUGAAACCCACUCUGUCGGAGCUGGAGAAGUUUGAGGACCAGCCAGAAGGCAUUGAUCUGGAGGUGGUGACUGAAACCGCAGGUAACAGCCACUUCUAAGGCAUACUCAGGAUAUAUGAGAUUUGGUAUUUACUUGCUGGUUUUCAUUUACAUGUGUGUAUAUGCUUUUGUAAGAGACAUAUCUUGUUGUGUGACCACAGGUAAAGAGCGUGAGCACAACCUCCAGGCCGGGGACAACGUGGAGGUGUGUGAAGGAGAGCUGAUCAACUUGCAGGGCAAGAUCCUGAGUGUGGAUGGCAACAAGAUCACCAUCAUGCCCAAGCAUGAGGACCUCAAGGUAAUGACAAGCGCCAAACAGACAAUGAAAUUGGGAGGACAUUUCAGAUUUGUCCUACUAGUGUUGGGCCUAAAGUCAAAUUCUGUGGAAAAAUGUUCACAUUGGUUAGAAUUGUCAAAACAGAACAUAAUGUUCUGCAGGUUUUCGACAGAAUUUUGUGCAGAUAUAUUCUCAGGCCCUAAAGUAAGAUAUUCAGUCUACAUGUUGUUAAAAACAACCCAAAGCCAAUGACCCUGGGUCAAGCCGUUAUGAACCAGAUUCUUGUUAGCAUGGGAAUGACAUGUUGUUAUUUAUUAGUCUAUCCACAUAAAUUGGAAUUUUAAUGAACUACCAGUAAACCGGGGUGGGCAAUCAACGGAGGGAUGAUUUUUGUGUUUUUGGACCGAUAUUUGUCAAUAUCGGUGCAUCAAUUUGCGGGCCAGAAAAAGGGCGGUUAUUUCCAUUGUUUCCAAUGUCCGUUAUAAUUUCUGCAUACUUUCUAUCUGGUUUUAGACGUUCAAGUGUAGCCUGGAUUUGUUUUUCAAUCCAAAAUAAUAAUUUAUAGAGAUGCACCAAUGUGGAUUUAUUUUAAUUUUAUUUUCCAUUUUAUGGCCUUUAUAACCAUUCUAGCACAGAUUACAAACUGCAACCAUAUUUCUAUGUUUAUGCAGAUAAUAAGAACAUAUGUGAAAUUACUUUAAUAUAGGAAAGGUGUAAAAAAUUAAUUGCAUCGCAAAGUGACUGAAAUGCAUCAAAGGUUUUGUAAAGUUCAGGAAAACAUCAGGGAAGCUCAUCAGGUAAUAAUUGUGUGUAUAAAAAUAUAAUCUGCAUUGCUUUCAAUUGCGGUUUUGUCACAGUCCCUUCUAAAGUGUCCUGCGCGGCUUAUGAGUGUCGUAGAGGAAAACAGAAUGUAUGUGUUUCUGAGUUCCUCCAGCCGUUCAAAAGCUAGAGCCAAAAUCUGCUAAUAUUGGACAUCGGAGGUUACUUGCGUAACUGCAGUUCUAUGAACUAAGCGGCGCAAUCAUUUGACUACAGACAAGCUCUUUUAUUAAAUUUUUAUUAAAUCCAACACAGGCUGCUUUGAAUUGGCUGGAAGGCCAGAUCCUGGUUCAGCCAAGGCAAAUAGCAUGCAGAGGAAACACGAUUCCAUCACAGCAUGAAGAAAGCAUUGUGCCGUCUGUAGUCAUGAAUAGACUACUUCAUCAUGCUUCCCAAAAAUCAGGAGUGAUAGAAUACCCAAAGACACUGAAUGACCCGGGGUCAAGCGGUUACAAACCAGAUUCUUGUUUGCAUAGGAACAAUGUGGUUAUUUAUUAGUCAAGCCACAUAAACUGGAAUUUAGAGAGAACUACCAGCAAACUAACUCACAUCACAGCAUGAUGAAGACAUUGGGCUUGCCAAAAUUGUGGGAGGGAUAGAAUUAUGGGAUCAAAAAGUUCACAUGAGGCGGCCAGACAUUCCCACUGUGUUCUGUUCAUUCUUAUUGGCAUUGAUACAAAAUAAUGGUUUGUCAUUGAUGCCUGGUCUGUGUGCAGGAUCCUCUGGAGUUCCCGGCCCAUGAGUUGAGGAAGUACUUCCGCAUGGGUGACCACGUCAAGGUGAUAGCAGGCCGCUACGAGGGCGACACCGGCCUCAUCGUACGCGUGGAGGAGAACUUUGUCAUCCUCUUCUCUGACCUCACCAUGCACGAGGUAAGCAAUGUCACAUUAUUGGACUGGGACAUUAACUUUUUUGUGAUUUAUAUUUUUGCAUAAUUCCUACAUAACUUCAGUGAACCAUUAUCGAUGUUACGGGUUUGUGUGUGCUCUACAGUUGAAGGUCCUGCCCCGGGACUUACAGCUGUGCUCUGAGACAGCGUCAGGGGUAGAUGCCGGGGGCCAGCACGAGUGGGGAGAGCUGGUCCAACUGGACCCCCAGACCGUGGGAGUUAUUGUCAGGCUGGAGAGGGAGACAUUCCAGGUUGGUACUCUUAAUCUUCCACAAAAUACUUUUCCCCUUUUAGAAAUGAUCAGGUUCAGAUCAGGACAAAAUACAUGUUAAUUUAUAAGUGAUUGGGUGUGUGGGCUUGGAGUCGUGGCUGUGUGCCUGCUGGAGAGAUGGUUUGUCCAGAAUCUGUUCUGCAAAUGGGAACUUGAGUGAUAUUGCGCAAUCUAUUUUAGGCCCAGCUGUUGGAACUUUGGCUUUCCUGGAUAUACCCACUAUAUUGUAAUCACUGCAUCCAAUGGGUACGGAGACCGCUUUAGAACAAAGUUCUACAGUAUUAGUAAAAAUGUGAUCGAUACAUGUGGAGGAUCUUGUUCCUGUAGUGUUUGUAAACACCCUGGUAGGUUGAUUAAUAACUUGAACCAGAUUACAGGCACUGGUUAUAGUAAGAAGCUUCCUCUUGAGCGGACAGCUUGAUGAAAACUAGUCAAUAUUCAGGUCCCCAAGAAAGUAGACCUCUCUGUUUACAUCACAUACACUAUCAAGCAUUUCACACAUGUUAUUUAGAUACUGACUGUUCGCGCUUGGUGGCCUAUAGCAACACCCCAAAAGAAAAGGCUUUAGAUGUGGCAAGUGAACCUGCAACCACAACACUUCAAUAACACUUGACAUAAGAUCUUCUCUAAGCAUUACAGGGAUAUGGCUCUGUAUAUGUGUAUAUAUAUGUGUGUGUGUGUGUGUGUGUAUAUGUGUAUAUAUAUAUAUAUAUAUAUAUAUAUAUAUGUAUAUGUAUAUGUAUAUAUAUAUGUAUAUGUGUGUGUAUAUACACUGCUCAAAAAAAUUAAGGGAACACUUAAACAACACAAUGUAACUCCAAGUCAAUAACACUUCUGUGAAAUCAAACUGUCCACUUAGGAAGCAACACUGAUUGACAAUACAUUUCACAUGCUGUUGUGCAAAUGGAAUAGACAACAGUGGAAAUUAUAGGCAAUUAGCAAGACAAAACCCCCACAUAAGAAUGGUUCGUGUUCUGGCAGGUGGUGACCACUUCCUCGAGUUCCUAUGCCUUCCUGGCUGAUGUUUUGGUCACUUUUGAAUGCUGGCGGUGCUUGUCACGGCUAGUGGUAGCAGGAGAACGGAGUCUACAACCCCCAACAAGUGGCUCAGGUAAGUGCAGCUCCAUCCAGGAAUGGCACAUCAAUGCGAGCUGUGCAAGAAGUUUUUGCUGUGUCUUUCAGCGUAGUGUCCAGAGCAUGGAGGCCAUUCACUCAGGAGACGUGGAGCCGUAGGAGGGCAAACCAGCAGAAGGACCGCUUGCCUUUGGCAGGAGGACGAGGAGGGACAAAAGACCCCAGCAGCAAAUGGCUUGUCCCAAACGGUCAGGGGACUUCAGAGGUGUAUAGGGCCGACCCACAGUGGGGUGGUUCCCCAACACCGUGCAGGACGUUUGGCAUUUGCCAGAGAACACCGAGAUUGGCAAAUUCGCCACUGGCGCCCUGUGCUCUUCACAGAUGAAAGCAGGUUCACACUGAGCACAUGUGACAGACGUGACAGAGUCUGGAGACGCCGUGGAGAACGUUCUGCUGCCUGCAACAUCCUCCAGCAUGACCGGUUUGGCGGUGGGUCAGUCAUGGUGUGGGGUGGCAUUUCUUUGGGGGGCCGCACAGCCCUCCAUGUGCUCGCAGAGGUAGCCUGACUGCCAUUAGGUACCGAGAUGAGAUCCUCAGACCCCUUGUGAGACCAUAUGCUGGUGCGGUUGGCCCUGGGUUCCUCCUAAUGCAAGACAAUGCUAGACCUCAUGUGGCUGGAGUGUGUCAGCAGUUCCUGCAAGAGGAAGGCAUUGAUGCUAUGGACUGGCCCGCCCGUUCCCCAGACCUGAAUCCAACUGAGCACAUCUGGGACAUCAUGUCUCGCUCCAUCCACCAACGCCACGUUGCACCACAGACUGUCGAGGAGUUGGUGGAUGCUUUAGUCCAGGUCUGGGAGGAGAUCCCUCAGGAGACCAUCCGCCACCUCAUCAGGAGCAUGCCCAGGCGUUGUAGGGAGGUCAUACAGGCACGUGGAGGCCACACACACUACUGAGCCUCAUUUUGACUUGUUUUAAGGACAUUACAUCAAAGUUGGAUCAGCCUGUAGUGUGGUUUUCCACUUUAAUUUUGAGGGUGACUCCAAAUCCAGACCUCCAUGGGUUGAUACAUUUGAUUUCCAUUCAUAAUUUUUGUGUGAUUUUGUUGUCAGCACAUUCAACUAUGUAAAGAAAAAUGUAUUUCAUAAGAUUAUUUCAUUCAUUCAGAUCUAGGAUGUGUUGUUUAAGUGUUCCCUUUAUUUUUUUGAGCAGUGUGUAUAUGUGUAUAUACAGCAACAUCUCCCCCAUAAGCAUUUCUGUCUCUUCUAUAGAUGAUAUAUUGUUGUAUUGCUACUGCUGUAUCAUAAAAUGUAAUUAUCUAAGUGAGACUCAGAAAUGGCUAAUAUAUGAAUGUUAUCUGAUGUUAACAAGUUAUUGAUUUCAUGAACCUUAUUUCUAAGGCUACAUAUAUUAAUAUGGGCUAUUUUCAGCCCUUUCAUUUACAUUACAUUUUAGUCAUUUAGCAGACGCUCUUAUCCAGAGCGACUUUCCCUGGUAGCUUAAUACUGAAAAGAGCAAACAAAGUAAGAUAAUAAAAUAUAUACAUUCAGAAGUCCAUUAAUCAAUUGGUGUGUGUGUGUGUGUGCGCUGCGGGGUUGAAGCUAAGAAUACGUGUUUUCCCCCUUAUCCCCAGGUCCUCAACAUGCACGGCAAGGUGCUGACGGUGCGUCACCAGGCAGUGAAUCGGCGGAAAGACAACCGCUUUGCCGUGGCGCUGGACUCUGAGCAGAACAACAUCCACGUCAAAGACAUCGUCAAGGUCAUCGACGGGCCACACUCGGUAAGAUUCAUUAUCACAGUUCUUUUUUUCUAUAGGUCUAAACUCAUAGAAAAUGUAUUUCUCAACUCCAUCUAUAGUAGGGCCCUAUAAAAUCUGCGAUGCAGAGAAUGCGGACGGAAUCACGGAUUCCAGACAUUAAAACGGAAUUCAACAAUAUUCAAAAAUGUAUUGACGUUAGUAGGAAAUCAACUCAAUGUAUUGAACUUAUUAGAACAUUUUAUUAAUAUGCCUAAGAUUAUCAUAAUACAUGAACAAAAUGCAUCAGUGAUUCUUAGUUUCCUUCAACUUUCUGAAGAGGCAAGUUGCCUGUCUGCGUUUGUCUACCACUUUGUAGCCGUUAGCGAUGAUGCUAAUGAUAACCCUAUUCUGGUAGAUGGAGAGGCUUUCCAAAAAACCUUCUCAGUUAAAUGUUAACUACAAAGUAGCCUAUGCCUACCUGGCAGAAUAACCGUGAUUAUUUGCAUCAAUCCAGCGGCGAUUUGUUUAGCAAACUCUGCAAUCACCUGUGCGCUAUAGAAACACUGCUAACCAAACAAGUCUCUUGCUGGUGUACAAAAAUUCCUUUGAUUUUUCCCAGACCUCAAACAUGGUCUCCUGAUGUCGUUUAAGCCUUGUUGUGGACUUAGAACGUACAAUGUUGUUGUUUUUCUAUCAAAGUGAUUUUGAGAGCCAAAACCUGAAAAAAAUGACAUCUGAAACCAGGAAAAACAAAACAGCGAAUGGAAUUUGGGGCGGGGAACUCAACGGAAUUAGCAAAUAUAUAUAUUUUAUUGGGCGCUACUAUAGGCCUCCAUCUAGGUUUGGUUACUGUAUUUUCAAAGCCAGUGUCUGGACUUGAGCCCUCAUUGACACAUUUGGUAGCAGUCGGCUUGAAGAGCUUUGACGUAUUUUCAUUCACAAAAUGUUGUUUUUGUAUGUUGAGUUUUAGGCCUUAUCGCCCAUCUCUAGCUAUUUUUCUAUUUGCCAAAGGUGCGAUUAGAAUGAGUAGAUUGUUAGCAUAUAAGUGGUGUGUGUUUUUUUUUUUUUCAGGGGCGUGAGGGAGAGAUCCGCCACAUUUUCCGAGGCUUUGCCUUCCUGCACUGUAAGAAGCUGGUGGAGAACGGGGGCAUGUUCGUCUGCAAGACACGCCACGUGGUGCUGGCCGGGGGCUCCAAGGUCCAUCUCCCAUUGGCUCUCACCACUUUUACAUCAUCACUUUCAAGUCUUCCAUCUAUGCCAUCACCUCUUAACCUUGUCCAGUGGGAACCAUCAGAGCUGUUGUUGACAUUUGAUUCUUCCAUUCUUUGGCUAUAGCCCCGAGACGUCACAAACUUCACCGUGGGAGGCUUCGCUCCUAUGAGUCCACGCAUCAGCAGCCCCAUGCAUCCCGGAGGUGGUGGUGAGUAGAGUACAGCUCAGCUCACAGAGAGCAUGAGGUCCUAGUCCCACUCUCACCAUAAGCCUUUGUUGAUUUGUAGACAUUAGGGAACAGUCGCUUAGUGCAGGAUACAUCACUAAAUAACAACUAUCAGACCAGAGGCCAUACACAACUCCUGUCCUCUCCUUCAGGCCAGCAGCAGAGGGGCGGUGGAGGAGGUGGACAGAUGGGGCGCGGCCGGGGCAGGAGGGACAACGACCUGAUUGGACAGACCGUCCGCAUCUCCCAGGGACCAUACAAGGGUAAUGCUGCGUUCAUAACAUCUCGUAAAUUUGUUAAAUACCAGCAUACAACUGAGAGAGCGAGAGAGAGAUAGCUAAUCUGCGUUCUCAAUGAGUUCAAAGCAUGUGAAUGCACACAACUCGUUUCUCUCAGUUUACAAGUAGUAUUUUUGUAGUUUCCCACUUAUGAACGCAGAAAAAGGACUGAACCAGGUUACAUGGGAACCAGAUGGGCUUGUCCUCUGCUGCAGAAUGAACAAUAAACAUGUUUAGCAGAAGAGGAUGUUGCACAAUGGGUGUUGGACUUUCAACACUUGAUCAUUCUCAUUGGGGAAUCUUUUGGCCUAACCCUUGCCAUUAUUUCCCAGGAUACAUUGGAGUGGUGAAGGAUGCCACAGAGUCGACAGCCAGAGUGGAGCUGCACUCGACAUGCCAGACCAUCUCUGUGGACCGACAGCGUCUCACCACAAUGUUCGUUCAAAUCAUCAGAGAUCUAUUACAAUUAUAUAUUGUGAACACAGUGAUAUUAAUGCAGUAUUUCACCUUUUGAGUAUGUUAAUGUGUGUUGACUUGUUUUGUUACAUUCAGGGGAGCCAAGAGGCAUGGAGGAAUGACUUCCACCCACGGACGCACCCCCAUGUACGGUUCCCAGACCCCCAUGUACGGGACAGGCUCCCGUACCCCCAUGUAUGGCUCCCAGACCCCCUUACACGAUGGUGAGACACACCCCACCAAGGGAAUACCUCAAUGGCCCUCAAUCAGAAUAUACAGUUGAAGUCGGAAGUUUACAUACACCUUAGCCAAAUACAUUUAAACUCAGUUUUUCACAAUUCCUGUCAUUUAAUCCUAGUAAUAAUUCCCUGUCUUAGGUCAGUUAGGAUCAACACUUUAUUUUAAGAAUGUGAAAUGUCAAAAUAAUAGUAGAGAGAAUGAUUUAUUUCAGCUUUUAUUUCUUUCAUCACAUUCCCAGUGGGUCAGAAGUUUACAUACACUCAAUGAGUAUUUGGUAGCAUUGCCUUUAAAUUGUUUAACUUGGGUCAAACGUUUCGGGUAGCUUCCCACAAUACGUUGGGUGAAUAUUGGCCCAUUCCUCCUGACAGAGCUGGUGUAACUGAGUCAUGUUUGUAGGCCUCCUUGCUCACACACGCCUUUUCAGUUCUGCCCACACAUUUUCUAUAGGAUUGAGGUCAGGGCUUUGUGAUGGCCACUCCAAUACCUUGACUUUGUUGUCCUUAAGCCAUUUUGCCACAACUUUGGAAGUAUGCUUGGUGUCAUUGUCCAUUUGGAAGACCCAUUUGUGACCAAGCUUUAACUUCCUGACUGAUGUCUUGAGAUGUUGCUUCAAUAUAUCCACAUAAUGUUCCUUCCUCAUGAUGCCAUCUAUUUUGUGAAGUGCACCAGUCCCCCCUGCAGCAAAGCACCCCCACAGCAUGAUGCUGCCACCCCCGUGCUUCACGGUUGGGAUGGUGUUCUUCGGCUUGCAAGCCAACCGCUUUUUCCUCCAAACAUAACGAUGGUCAUUAUGGCCAAACAGUUCUAUUUUUGUCAGACCAGAGGACAUUUCUCCAAAAAGUGCGAUACUUGUCCCCAUGUGCAGUUGCAAAGCCAAGACCUCAGAAAAAAAAUGGUAGACCUCCACAAGUCUGGUUCAUCCUUGGGAGCAAUUUACAAACGCCUGAAGGUACCACGUUCAUCUGUACAAACAAUAGUACGCAAGUAUAAACACCAUGGGACCACAUAGCCGUCAUACCGCACAGGAAGGAGAUGCGUUCUGUCUCCUAGAGAUGAACGUACUUUGGUGUGAAAAGUGCAAAUCAAUCCCAGAACAACCGCAAAGGACCUUGAGAAGAUGCUGGAGGAAACAGGUACAAAAGUAUCUAUAUCCACAGUAAAACGAGUCCUAUAUCGACAUAACCGUAGUCUGGCUUUUUUAUGGUGGUUUUGGAGCAGUGGCUUCUUCCUUACUGAGCGGCCUUUCAGGUUAUGUCGAUAUAGGACUCGUUUUACUGUGGAUAUAGAUACUUUUGUAUCUGUUUCCUACAGCAUCUUCUCAAGGUCCUUUGCGGUUGUUCUGGGAUUGAUUUGUACUUUUCGCACCAAAGUACGUUCAUCUCUAGGAGACAGAACGCGUCUCCUUCCUGUGCGGUAUGACGGCUACGUGGUCCCAUGGUGUUUAUACUUGCGUACUAUUGUUUGUACAGAUGAACGUGGUACCUUCAGGCGUUUGUAAAUUGCUCCCAAGGAUGAACCAGACUUGUGGAGGUCUACCAUUUCUUUCUGAGGUCUUGGCUGAUUUCUUUUGAUUUUCCCAUGAUGUCAAGCAGAGGCACUGAGUUUGAAGGUAGGCCUUGAAAUACAUCCACAGGUACACCUCCAAUUGACUCAAAUUAUGUCAAUUAGCCUAUCAGAAGCUUCUAAAGCUAUGACAUCAUUUUCUGGAAUUUUCCAAGCUGUUUAAAGGCACCGUCAACUUAGUGUAUGUAAACUUCUGACCCACUGGAAUUGUGAUACAGUGAAUUAUAAGUGAAAUAAUCGGUCUGUAAACAAUUGUUGGAAAAAUUACUUGUCAUGCACAAAGUAGAUGUCCUAACCGACUUGCCAAAACUAUAGUUUUUUAACAAGAAAUGUGUGGAAUGGUUGAAAAACAAGUAUUAAUGACUCCAACCUAAGUGUAUGUAAACUUCCGACUUCAACUGUAUAUCUAUGACCUGCAAUAGAACUAUUCUCAUUGUGGUAAUCCUUGUUCCCCACAGGGAGCCGUACGCCUCACUACGGCUCGCAGACCCCGCUGCAUGAUGGGAGCAGGACGCCGGGGCAGAGCGGUGCGUGGGACCCCAACAACCCCAACACACCAUCCAGGUAGUCUACAUGUGGGAAAAACUAAAUGUGGGAAAGUGCCUCAGCAGUCUAUGGUUGAUAAGGGUUUGUUGGUCUUUGUCUUGGUCAAGAGUUGUCAAAGUGAAUACAGCUAUUUUCUGUACUUUCUACAGAUCCUGAAAAUAUGUUUCCUUAGUAGGAUAACUUUUUGGAAACCGCCUUUAACCUGUUUCUCUGUUCCUCUUGUUUUAGGGCGGAUGAUGACUAUGAGUUUGGUUAUGAUGACGAGCCCUCCCCGUCCCCUCAGGGCUACGGGGCUACGCCUAACCCCCAGACCCCCGGCUACCCAGAGGUGCCCUCACCCCAGGUCAACCCCCAGUACAACCCCCAGACCCCAGGCACCCCAGCCAUGUGAGUCACACACACACGCACAGUAUUCCAUUGUCUGUUUGCUAUCUUUUUCAAUGUCUCUAGGCCCCUUUUACAGUGGCGACCAGCUGCUCAAGGUGGGUUUGAUUCUCUCUGUCCUAGCCAAGUCCACUAACUGUGUGUGUUCCUCAGGUACAACACUGAACAGUACUCGCCGUACACUGCCCCCUCCCCACAGGGCUCGUACCAGCCCAGCCCCAGUCCCCAGAGCUACCAUCAGGUGGCCCCCAGCCCAGUGGGCUAUCAGAACACACACUCACCAGCCAGCUACCAUCCCACCCCUUCACCCAUGGCAUACCAGGUAAGACCCACCACGCUUGACAUAAAAAUGUUCUGCCACUUAGUAUAACUUAUUUUUUUUACUUGUCUGAAAGCUCAAGUCACUUGUCCAAAAAUAGAAAUUGGUCUGUAACACCAUUUUUACAUCAUUGUAUGAUGCAAGGAACUACUUUUAACACUAUCUUUUUUUACCAUAGAGAAUCAGACAAAUGUAGGCUACACUCUGCCCAUUGGCUUUUUUGCAUAUUCAAGCCUGUCUCAAAAUACAACACUGCCCCUUUAAGGCUCCCAUGGAGGAUGCUGGGCCACCCUUGGAAGCCUAUGAAAAUAUUGCAACAUUACAAUUACAACCAAAUACUUUUUAUGUCUUAAUAAAAUUCAUACACCCACUGCACAUAACAUUGUUUUAAAGCAAUGAAGCUGACACAACCGAUCAGACCAUUGAGCUUAAAAUGUUGAUAGAAAUGUUGAUGUGCACAUGGCUGUAGGCUACACACGAAUGUUCCAAAAUGCAAUUAGCGGGAAAACACGUUCACAAAAGCACACCGCACUCGCAAGCGUUUUCAUGUGACAGAGGAAAAUAUCUGUUAGAAAUGAAGAGGGGAGAUCUAAAGAUGCAGCAACUAGCAUGGGUUACUAAUAUGACCAGGAUUGUGCCUUUAGCUGCUAGACAAUAAAAUAAGUUAAUUUGGAAACCAAUAAGAACAUAAGAGAGAUGCUGGUUUCAAUGGCAUAUGAAUAGUUUAUCAAAUAAUUCCCUCAACAUUUGUAUGGUUGUGUUUUGGCUAGGCUAAGCUUCUUUGAAACAAGGUAAGACAUGCUUUAUAAAAUGACAUAAAAUGUCCAGGUUUUAAAGAGUUAAGUUUAUGGUUAAAUAGUUUCAAAAUGCUGACCGCAUCUGCUCAGAUUCAAGGUGGGUGAUGUGCGGUGCGCAAAAGCAUUGUCCUUCAUUCUCCGGUCUUGUGGUGGUUUGAUCUGAACGAACCGUGCCUGUCGACAGAAUCAAGCCUUUAGACGUUAAUUUGAAUAAUCUUUCAUUAUUUGUCAAACAUGACUGCCGUUUAGCUUAUAUUUAUGUAAUUAAAGUUUGGCUACAUUUUUUGGCGCCUCCCUCAUGUCAGCAUCGGUUUGGACAUGAGGCUGUAGCCGAUAUGCAUAUCACCUACACUUUGACUUAUGUUUAUUUUUAUUAUGUACAUGAAAAAUAGAUUAGAAUAUUAUUCCAAUGUUGGCUUCUCUGAUCAAAUUCUCAUCGGCGUAAUUGUUUGAUAUUGUGUUGUUUUUGUAACUUCAAUCUACACUGAGUUGACAAAACAUUAAGAACACCUGCUCUUUCCCUGACAGACUGACCAGGUGAAUCCAGGUGAAAGCUAUGAUCCCUUAUUGAGGUCAUUUGUUAAAUCCACUUCAAUUAGUGUAGAUGAGGGGGAGGAGACAGGUUAAAGAAGGAUUUUUAAGCCUUGACGCAAUUGAGACAUGGAUUGCGUGUGUGCCAUUCAGAUGGUGAAUGGGCAAGACAAAAAAUGUAAGUUCCUUUGAAUUGGGUAUAGUAAUAGGUGCCAGGCGCACCGGUUUGUUUCAAGAACUGCAACGCUGCUGGGGUUUUCACGCUCAACCGUUUCACGUGUGUAUUAAGAAUGGUUCACCACCCAAAGGACAUCCAGCCAACUUGACACAACUGUGCGAAGCCUUGGAGUCAACAUGGGCCAGCAUCCCUGUGGAACGCUUUCUACACCUUGUAGAGUCCAUGCCCCGACGAAUUGAGGCUAAAGGUGGGGUGCAACUCAAUAUUAGGAAGGUGUUCCUAAUGUUUGGUAUACUCAGUGUAUAAUAUUCUUGUCCAAUUUUUUAUUGUUUUAUUUUACUUGUCCCGGACAAGCGUUAAUGUCGUGCCCUGCCACGCACUUCAUAUUAUUUCCAGGACAUCUGUCUUUCUCUUUAAGUGUGUUGCAAUACGCUAUUUUAGCUUUCAGUGUGUUGACAUGUCAUUCUUUCCCACUAGUAAGACUUAAUGCUGUUGGUUUAUACAAUGGGCAUGUCUUACCAGGGGGGGAAAAGUAUUACGAUCAAACACGUUUGGAUGCUAAUCUGCUAAAUUCAUCGUUAGAACCUCCACAGGAGCAACGUUCAUCUCCGAGCUGUUUCUCAAAACCAUUGUUAUUGAAGUUGCUCUUAAAAAUGCUCGUUAUUUACUGACUGCCUCAGCUAUUCUAGUGGUCCAGAUGCUUUGUUGCCCUUCUGUGUCACCUUAUACUCAGUUCUCCACCAAACAUAGAAUCAAGAUGUUUAUCUGUCCCUUUGACCGCCGUUAACUCCAGAAUGAAGUUGACUACAAAUACAAAGUUGCCAAUGUCUUUGCAAAUGUUUCAAACAAGUGAAGGUUAAAAAUAUGCUUAAAAUGCAAACUGGGAUGACUGCAUUAUAAUAUAAAUAAAGUAGGCUACAUAGGCCUAUAUAUUGAAAUCAAUUUGAUGUUCAAUCGAGUUCUGUUGCUAAUUUUAGGCUAUGUAAUUCUUGCCUCAAUAUGCAGUGCAUUCGGAAAGUAUUCCGACCCCUUCCCUUUUUCCAUUUUGUUACAUUAGAGACUUAUUCUAAAAUUGAUUAAAAAAUAACGAAAUCCUCAUCAACCUACACACAAUACCCCAUAAUGACAAAGCGAAAAUAGGUUUUUAGAAAUGUUUGCAAAUGUCUUACCAAUACUACAAUACCUUAUUUACAUAAGUAUUCAGACCUUUUGCUAUGAGACUCAAAAUUGAGCUCAGGUGCAUCCUGUUUUCAUUGAUCAUCCUUGAGAUGUUUCUAAAACUUGAUUGGACUCCACCUGUGGUAAAUGUAUAUUGAUUGGACAUGAUUUGGAAAGGCACACACCUGUCUAUAUAAGGUCACACAAUUGACAGUGCAUGUCAGAGCAAAAACCAAGCCAUGAGAUCGAAGGAAAUGUCCGUAGAACUCCGAGACAGGAUUGUGUCGAGGCACAGAUCUGGGGAAGGGUACCAAAACAUUUCUGAAGCAUUGAAGAUCCCCAAUAAUGCAGUGGCCUCCAUCAUUCCUAAAUGGAAGAAGUUUGGAACCACCAAGACUCUUCGUAGAGCUGGCCGCCCGGCCAAACUGAGCAAUCAGGGGAGAAGGGCCUUGGUCAGGGAGGUGACCAAGAACCCGAUGGUCACUCUGACAGAACUCCAGAGUUCCUCUGUGGAGAUGGGAGAACCUUCCAGAAGGACAACCAUCUCUGCAGCACUCCACCAAUUAGGCCUUUAUGGUAGUGGCCAGACGGAAGCCAAUCUUCAGUAAAAGGCACGACAGCCUGCUUAGCGUUUGCCAAAAGGCACCUAAAGGACUCUCAGACCAUGAGAAACAAGAUUCUCUGGUCUGAUGAAACCAAUAUUUAACUAUUUGUCCUGAAUGCCAAGCAUCACACCUGGAGGAAACCUGGCACCAUUCCAACGGUGAAGCAUGGUGGUGGUGGCAGCAUCAUGCUGUGGGGAUGUGUUUCAGUGGCAGGGGACUGGGAGACUAGUCAGGAUCGAGGGAAAGAUGAACUGAGCAAAGUACAAAGAGGUCCUUGUUGAUAAACCUCUCUCAGGACCUCAGACUGGGGCGAAGGUUCACCUUCCAACAGGACAACAACCCUAAGCACACAGCCAAGACAAGACAGGAGGGGCUUUGGGACAAGUCUCUGAAUGUCCUUGAGUGGCCCAGCCAGAGCGCGGACUUGAACCCAAUCGAACAUCUGGAGAGACCUGAAAAUAGCUGUGCAGCGAUGCGCCCCAUCCAACCUGAAAGAGAUUUGAGAGGAUCUGCAGAGAAGAAUGGGAGAUGGGAAACUCCCCAAAUACAGGUUUGCCAAGCUUGUAGCGUCAUACCCAAGAAGACUCAAGUCUGUAAUCGCUGACAAAGGUGCUUCAACAAAGUACUGAGUAAAGGGUCUGAAUACUUAUGUAAAUGUGAUACUUCCAGUUUCUUUUUAUUUUAUACAUUUGCAAAUAAUUCUAAAAACCGGUUUUUCACUUUGUCUUUUAUGGGGUAUCGUGUGUAGAUUGAUUGGGGGGAGGAAACAAUUUAAUCAAUGUUUAGAAUAAGGCUGUAACAUAACAAAAUGUGGAAAAAGGUCAAGUGGUCUGAAUACUUUCCGAAUGCACUGUAUAUGUGUAACGUGCACAAUGAUAUACCAAAUAUGUGAUUUAGUGCUUUGUUAUAGAAUAAGCCGCCUCAAUAGGCCUAUUAGCAGCUAUAGGUGAUCAUACAAUUCUGUUAGAUUAAAAGGAAAAAUCUGCACUGUUAAGUGUUUUAACGAUGCAUCAUUCCUACAACAGCCGAAUAUGUAACACGUGUUUCUCAAAACACCACGCAGAGAGAAUGUUCGCUUGCAUGCAUUUUGUAUCAUCAUGAUGAUGUGACACUUUGAUUCUUGAAAGUCCAAUAUCUUAAACUUGACUACUGGCAUGCAAAACAUUUUGGGACUGUAUUAACAGUGGACUAAUGAACAAAAAAAGCUAUAUAUAUAUAUAUAUAUAUAUAUAUAUAUAUAUAUAUAUAUAUAUAUAUAUAUAUAUAUAUAUAUAUAUAUAUGUAUAUAUGUUUGUGUUUUUGAGUGUUUUCUUUUUAAGGUAAGGUGUCUAAAGUAAGAUUUGAAAAGAGAACGCUGAUCAGAGAGCAGCGUUGCCUUCCUUUUGUUCCCAUCAGUAUCGACACGUGCUCCCAACAACUAAGCGAACGUUCUCUCUGCGUGGUGUUUUGAGAAACGCGCAUUACAUCUUCGGCUGUUGUAGGAACGAUGCAUUGUUAAAACACUCUUAAGCCUAAGUACCAUCACUAUCUAGAAACCCGGCCCUGAUCUCCGCCUCCUCCUGUCGUCUCACCCCACCCUAGGCCAGUCCGAGCCCCAGCCCGGUAGGCUACAGCCCCAUGACCCCCGGCGCCCCCUCCCCUGGCGGCUACAACCCCCACACCCCCGGCUCCAACAUCGACCAGACCUCCUGCGACUGGGUCACCACCGACAUCCUGGUGCGCGUUAAGGACACCUUCCUGGACAGCCAGGUGGUUAACCAGACAGGCGUCAUCCGCAGUGUCACGGUGAGUAGCAAAGACCACAACACUCCUCCACGUACCUAGAUGCUACAGGGGUGAAGAAAGGUUUUCUGUCUGGAGUGAAAUGGAGGGAACAUGACUGGCUUUUAGGGGAAAAAUAGUUGUAUAGAAAUGUUCAUUUUUGUGAUUCGUCACCAUAACAAAUGGGGGGGAGGGGGGGGGGGGGGGGGGGGUUUUCCACAGGACUUCCUAUUUGUGAAACAUUUUUAUGGGCCUAAUGGUAAAGACUUGAAUUUUCACUGUAAAAAUGUAUUACCUUUUUAAUGUGACGUGAACACAACCAGUCAUGUUUUCGUCUGAUUGUCAAACAAAUCACUUCAAAAAGUAGGCUACCUGAGCACAUUCGUCCAUUCCAAAAUAAUUCCAGCAUCCAAAAAGUGCACCUAACAUUUAAUGAACAGAAAGAGACAUGUUACAAAACAUCAAAGUGUAAUGACACGCUCAUGUAACCUGAAUUAAUUGAUGCUGGUAAAUUGACCUAUUUUGUAAAAAGAAAAUUCGACACCUGAAAAGGGGCUGAAAUACGGGACGGAAAUACAGCCAUCUGUGUCUGUCCUGAGCUCAUUGGCGUAGGAAACUGUGAGGGCUCCGUUGAAACAAUGUUGCAAGUUCGCUAGCUGGCUGGACCCAGUUGAAACAAUAUUGCAAGAUUGCUAGCAAAAGCUCAAGACCGAGAGAGAGCCAGACAGUCGGAGUAAAGAGAUUACUGCGAUUGAAACAACCUGAAAAAACAGUCACUGGUUUAAACCAUGAUGGAGAGGUGGGGGUGUUCGCUUCAUUUGGAAUAAGCUUUUACUUUCAUAUUUACCACUGUAGCAGGACAAAAUAGCAUUUUAUGGCUCAGUUGGUAGAGCAUGGCGCUUGCACCACCAGAGUUGUGGGUUUGAUUCCCAGGGCUGCCCAUACGUAAAAUGUAAUCAUGCAUUACUAAGUCGCUUUGGAUAAAUUCAUCUGCUAAAUGGCCUAUAUUAUAUCAUUUUUAUUAUACUAUAAACAAAUAGAAGCCCCCCCCAAAGUACUGUUAUGUGAAUUUCUAUCCCAAUGUUUAAAAAAUGAACUUAUUACUCAGUCUGUAUCCCAGAGGUUGUAAAUCUCUAAUAAUCAGACCAAGUAGCCCAGCAUACAAUCAUCAGGCUUUAUUCAUUGAGAACGUUCUAAAACAAAAUGUUCGUACAAUAUUUUUAUAUGCACACGUCAGAGAAAAAAAUCCCUCUCCUCUGUAGGCAGGCUGUAGUUUUCCACUUUAUAAUUGCUCCCCUGAACAUCAGUUCACACACACACACAUACACACACACACAAGCCUAACAGUUUCUCUCCUCCCUAAAUUCCUCAGUUAUCUUGGUUUCUCAGUUGCCUGUAGACAGUUCUCCUUGUCCUUUGUUGUCUGGUUUAACUUUUACUCGCAUUGCUAAAUAGUAGCUCAAUGUCAUAGUCUUUACUGGUCCUACACUCACACAUUACCAGGUAGUAUAUUCUAAACAUAUCACACAGUUUCAGAGUGUAAUAAUUAGUCACUACUAAGAAGGUACUAAUCAUACUUAAAACAAGAACAUUUCACAACUAUAUUUAAGGGUGGAACAUUUCGUCAUUACUUUUAACCUGAUUCCUAUAUCAAGUACUCCAUCAUUGACCUGAUGCGUCUUCUCCUUCCUCAGGGUGGCAUGUGCUCCGUCUUCCUCCAGGACACAGAGAAGGUGGUGAGCAUCUCCAGUGAACACCUGGAGCCUGUCACUCCAACUAAGAACAACAAGGUAAGGCUGUUUUUCACCACAACACCCCUUUACUGGACUCACAGAGCUCUGGGUCUGGAGGACUGGACAGUGGAUAGAUGCAUGGUUCUUUGGGUUUGUAAGGCCCUGGCUGCUCUUGGUGUGUCAUCUGUUGUCUGUGGUGCGCCUCUCCAGGUGAAGGUGAUUCUAGGGGAGGACCGCGAGGCCACAGGGAUCCUACUGAGUAUCGACGGGGACGACGGCAUUGUCAGGAUGGAGCUGGAUGACCAGCUGAAGAUUCUCAACCUCCGCUUCCUGGGCAAGCUGGAGCUCUGA